GCCUCUUCCAGUUUUGGGACGCAUUGUGGGUCAGUAUUCUGGCUUAUAACAAGGUAUGACGAGUAAACCAGCUUUUCACAAACAGAUCUGCCUGAUACUGUCAAAAGAUGGAGUUUAUUAAAGAAGAGAGUGAAGACAUGACUUAUGAAACUCCAUGCAGAAUAAAAAGUGAAGAGACCGAGGAACAAAUAGACUUGAAGGUGAAAGAGGAAAGUCAAGAACUGAAUGAAGAGCACUGUCAGAAUUCUUCUAAAUUCAUAAAAGAAGAAAAACCUUUUAGUUUCUCACAGAGUGAAAAACGAAAAAAAGCAAAACAUCCCUUAAACUGCUGUAAGCUUGGACAUAGUUUGACAGAGAAAAGAAUCCCUACAAGUUCCAGAAGAAUUCACACUGGAGAGAAGCCAUUCACCUGCCAUCAGUGUGGGAAGAGUUUUAAAUAUCAUAGAAAUCUUAAUAGGCACAUGAGAAUUCACACUGCAGAGAAGCUUUUCACAUGUCAUCAGUGUGGAGAGAGUUUUGCACUAAACCGAGAUCUACUGAGGCACCAGAGAAUUCACACUGGAGAGAAGCCUUUCACAUGCACACAGUGUGGAAAGAAUUUCACAAAAAAAGGAAACCGAGAUAUUCACAUGAUGAUUCACACUGCAGAGAAGCCUUUUAUCUGCCAUCUGUGUGGGAAAAGUUUUAAAAAUCAUGGAAACCUAAAUAAGCACAUCAGAAUUCACACUGGAGAGAAGCCUUUCACAUGCACUCAGUGUGGAAUGAGUUUCACAUUUCAUGGAAUCCUUCGAUUGCAUAUGCGAGUUCACACUGGAGAGAAACCUUACACAUGUCAUCAGUGUGGAAACGGUUUCACACAGAAAGGAAACCUUGAUAUGCACAUGCGAGUUCAUACUGGUGAGAAGCUUUUUACGUGUCAUCAGUGUGGAAAGGGUUUCACGCGUAAAGGAAGAUUUGAUUUACACAUGCAAAUUCACACUAGAGAGAAACCUUUCACCUGUCAUCAGUGUGGAAACGGUUUCAUAAAAGCAAGAAGUCUCAAAACUCAUCGGUGUUCUGCAGCGGAAUCAGUCGAAAAAACACACCUGAACACGCUGUAGUGUGUCAACUCAACUUAAAAUUUUAAGGCAACUUGCUGCACAGCUUUUUUGAGUUUACUAAAUUUUUGGGUCUAGUAGUUCAUUUAACUCAAUUUACAGAGGUAAGGUCUUGUGUUCACUGAACUUGUACUCUUUUGUUCAGCUGAUGAUUUAAACUAGUAAUGUUUUCUUGACAUGACUCAAAGUAUGUUCUGAGGACUUGUGUUUUACUUAAAAAGGUGUUUUAUUCCAGUUAACAUUAUAUAAAACAAUCAAAUAAAGCUAGAACUGCAGGCUUAUGGUUUUGUUCCAACUUUUUUUUUUUAAACCCCACAACAGC